UGAGAUCCAAACGCACUGUGAGGCUCUCAAUCGCAGAGACACUACAGAAAGGUGGCUUUCUGAUCCCAUUGGUCCACAGUGGUCCCAUAAUGGGGAAGACUGGGCAAAGUACAGUGGACUUGAACUCCCCUUCAGAGGUCAAACAAGCAGUUCCCUUUGAGGAGCUGGAUCGUGUGGCGCCCCCUGCAGAUAAUAAGAAGAAUGUGGAAGAGCCUCCCGACAGGGGAAGCUGGAAGGGCAAGUUUGAUUUCCUCCUCUCAUGUGUGGGAUACGCCAUCGGUUUAGGAAAUGUGUGGAGGUUUCCCUAUUUGUGUGGCAAGAAUGGUGGAGGGGCCUUCUUGAUCCCAUACUUUAUGACACUGGUCUUUGCUGGGAUACCGCUUUUCUUCCUGGAAACAGCUCUGGGACAGUUCACUUCAGUUGGAGGACUUGGGGUGUGGAGACUAAUCCCUAUGAUGAAGGGAGUUGGUCUGGCUGCAGUUGUUUUGUCCUUCUGGCUCAACAUCUACUACAUUAUCAUCAUUGCUUGGGCGCUCUACUACUUAUUCAACUCUUUUGGUUCGGAGCUGCCUUGGCAAAGCUGUGAUAACGCCUGGAACACGGAAAAAUGUUUUUCCAACUACAGUCUGACAGACACCACCAACUUGACCAGCGCUGUCACCGAGUUUUGGGAGCGUAACAUGCACCAGCUGUCUAAUGGCCUGGAGGAACCAGGAGAGCUACGCUGGCCCUUAGUGGGCACUCUUGGGCUGGCGUGGGUUCUUGUCUACUUCUCAAUCUGGAAAGGAGUUGAAUGGACGGGAAAGGUAGUGUAUUUCUCAGCUACCUAUCCCUACUUCAUGCUGUUCAUCCUGUUCUUCAGGGGGGUCACACUCCCUGGAGCCAUAGAUGGGAUUCUCUUCUACAUUACUCCAGACUUCAAUAAGCUCGUCCGAUCUGAGGUGUGGCUGGAUGCAGCAACUCAAAUCUUCUUUUCAUACGGACUGGGCCUGGGAUCGCUCAUCGCAUUGGGAAGCUACAACUCUUACAACAACGAUGUCUACAAGGAUGCAGUCAUAGUAUGUUGCAUCAACUCUUGCACCAGCAUGUUUGCUGGAUUUGUCAUCUUCUCCAUCGUAGGCUUCAUGUCCUACAUCACGAAGAAACCCGUGCACGAACUGGCAGCAUCAGGCCCAGGGCUGGCAUUUUUAGCGUAUCCUCAGGCAGUCACACAGCUUCCCAUGUCCUCGCUAUGGGCCAUCCUGUUUUUCUCCAUGCUCAUGAUGUUGGGCCUGGACAGUCAGUUCUGCACAGUAGAGGGCUUCAUCACAGCUCUGAUGGAUGAAUAUCCCAUGGUUUUGCGAAAGAGGAAGAAGGUCUUCAUCCUCAUUGUCUGCCUCGUCUCCUUCAUCAUCGGCUUCUCUAACAUCACGCAGGGUGGUCUCUAUGUGUUCAAGAUGUUUGAUUACUACUCCGCCAGUGGGAUGUGUCUGCUCUUCCUCGUCUUCUUUGAAACCAUUUCCAUAUCCUGGUUUUAUGGAGCUGAAAGAUUUUAUAAGAACAUCGAGGACAUGAUUGGCUAUCGGCCAUGUGGGUGGUGGAAGCUUUGCUGGAUGAUCUUCACACCUCUAAUUUGCUUGGGAGUGUUUACCUUUAGUGCCAUUGAGAUGACUCCUCUCACCUUGGGGAAGUAUGUGUACCCCCUGUGGGGCCAAGCGAUUGGCUGGCUCAUGGCAAUGUCCUCCAUGGUACUCAUCCCAGGCUAUAUUAUCUACAUGUUCUGCAGCACCAAAGGCAGCAUCAAACAGCGUUGGCGGAGGAUGACAACUGCCCAGGAGGAUGAAAGGCGAUCAGGGCAGGAUGAAUUCACACACACAGACAGCGUGGGUGAAGCACCUGUCUAAACCUGAUUGUUCAAGCUAAAUAAAUCUGUCUGCCAGGACUUAAUGUAGUUAAUAUUGGAAGUUAACAAUUUGAUGGAUGGAUGGAUGGAUGGAUGGAUGCAGUAUUGUCUCUGGACUACACUGUCUAACCGUCCUUCAACUUGAGUUGAAGUAAAUAAAGAAGAUGAAUAAGUAUUUUUGCUAUAGAUAUUGUUUCCUUUUCAGUAAAAGUUAUGGCAAGCAAGUGAAUGAUACAGGUCACAAUAAACCUGUAUACAAAGGCUAUAUGUACAAUAAACCAUCAUGAAUGUAAAUCCACAUGCUCUUCAUAAAUUGCAGCACAAUGAAGGCCUUUGUUUAUAACGUUACUGCAAAUUUAAUGGAUAUUGUUGUACUGCGAAAUGGAACUGUCUGGUAAAACUCGAUUUCAAGUAUAAAACUCUAUUAAUGGGGAACCCCAAUAUUUCAUUUAAAGAAUCAACCAGUUACUGUGACGUAGUUAUUCUCAGCAACACAGUAUCGCUUCAGUUGUCUGUAGGUCACAUUUAUCUGACCAAGACCUAAAAUGAAAAGUAAUAUUUCUCACGAUAAUCUUUACAAAAAAUAAGG